UCACUAAUAUAUGCUUUUCUUGUAUUUCUGUUCUUGUAAGAUAGCGAACAGAUGUUAUAUUUUCUUUGAACUCAAACGAAAUCUUCCAGCAUUUAUUUUCUCUGUUUCUACAUUUAGGUCAGCCAUCAGUGUACUGUCGAAAUGAUUCAUCCGCUGAACUAUUCACGGGUAUUCAUCUGUCCAAGAAUGUAACAACCGCGGUCACAACAUACAAUGAUAUUUCGGCAUCACAGUGUGAGAACAAAUGUUUUAGUGAUUCAUAUGUAUGCAACAUGUUUGAACACUACCCGGAUAGCACGUGUACAUUAUUUACAAUAGAUGAAAAUCAACCGUUUUCCAGUGACGUCAAGUUUAAAGAGACAGAAAUUACAUCUUGGUUGGAUAAAGAAUUCUGGGAAACAAAACCUGUCGUUGUUGAUUUAAGAGGAACAUUAAUCUGUUGGAGAGAUUCAAUAGAAUUUCAAUUUCCGCGAUUUAGAAAGAAACUUACUGGUUUGAGCACUUACAAUACGUCACUCACAGUGAGGAAAACUCAGCGGAAAGUGAUAUUAAGCCCUGGAUAUCCAUUUUACUACGAUGCAUUUCAAGUGUUCCUGUGGACAGUUGAUUCUGAAAAUUAUAUCAAAAUAUUAUUUUUGGAUAUUUCUUUGAAAAGCUUUUCAAACAAAAGUCAAUGUAAUUACAACCAGAGUUCAUACGAUGUAAUACUUCUUUCGAAAAAGCCACUUGCAUUCAGCUUGGACAAGAUACCGGAAUACAUUGGCUUUUACUUUGGGUUUGAAAGAAAUGGACAAUCUCCAGUUAUUCGCACAGAUUCGACAAUUUUGUACCUAUAUUUCUGGACAUAUGGCAACACUGAGGAUCUGACUGCCCGAGGAUUCAGGGCGUUAGUUUAUUCAGAAGACACUCCGGAAUGUGGUCUACCAGAUGAAGACAAAAUAUACAGAUGCAGCAUGUACUACGUUAGAUUUGCCUCACAAGAAAUAUGGCAAACACCCGAUAGAGCGUACGAAACGCACUUCAUAUACUCUCCAAAGGAUGUAGGAGGCAUUUUUUCUUACAUCAGAGUGGUAUUCGAAAGAUUUGAAGUCAGCUGUUUUAAGGAUUCGCAGUUCAUUUUGUACGGACAUUUGGAAACUUGGAACAUAUGCAACCUAAACAAACCAAGGGGGCCAAUGAUACUUUACAACAAGAUGGAGAUUAAGUAUAGAACAGCGACAACCAUAGACCCGCGCCAUCCCAUCGAACAUUUCCGUUCCCUAGUUAAACACAUCAAGCGAGAAGACAGCCCUAAUAGACCACCACCCUUUUUCUUUGAGGAAAUAACAAAAGUGUGUCAUGAAAACAAUGUAGGUCCUAGCCACGGCGCUUGUUUACAAACGGGGGCAUAUCGAACUAUAAAGGAAUUGUGUGUGGAUCAGUUUUCCAAAUGCUAUACACUGUAUAAUCUUAUGCAAGAUGUAAAGACAAAUACGUGGACAUGGGCAGCGAGCUAUUGUGAGAAGAAAGAUGGCUUCCUGUUGACUUUGCAAAGUCCAGAGGAGAUUAACUACAUACGAAGGGCUUUGCUGGAAUUCAGCAUGAGAUUUGUUUGGGUCUCAAAGAGUUACCAAGAUAGAUCAACUCACAUUGGUUUAUUUCGUUUCACAAACAGUGAAGGGAUUGUUGAAGAACGAUGGACAGAUGGGUCGCCUCUAACAAUUACUGCAUGGUCCAGAGAUGACCAAACAAUGAUGGACGCAAAGAGAGAUUGUACAAUAAUGGACUUCACAAACAUUUCAAAUGAGAACCCCUGGCACAGAACGAGUUGUGAUGAUGUUGUCGAGUUUCUGGUUUGUGAGAAGAAAAUUGCAAAAAGAGCCACUGUGAUCGAUGUAACGAGAGUUAGAGACUUUGUUAAGACAGACAUGCAGGAUAUUGCUCAUAUACUAUACCGAUGCGCAGUAGACGAGUGGAUACAUAUAUUAUCCGUGUGUAACGGAGUGACUGAAUGUUCAAAUGGUAUUGAUGAACUUGAUUGCAAUGAAGCAAAAGUGUGUGGCGGAGUACAUUUUCAGUGCACAGAUGGAGAGUGUAUCCAUAUAAGCAGAGUUUGUGAUUUUCGGCAAGACUGCGCUGAUAAUUCCGAUGAAUUCUGUGAUUUUCAAAUAAAUUCAUCUGGACAGGAAUUCACAUGCGCCAAUUCUCAGUCUAUACCUCAGUACCAAAUCUGUGAUGCUGUCCCACAUUGCUUAGAUGGCAGUGAUGAACAGAACUGUGAAACAUGUAACUCAUCAGUAGCCUUUCAAUGCGGGGAUAAACGAUGCAUUCCUCUUCAUCUUACCUGUGACAUGUAUGCUGACUGCGAAUUCGCCGAGGACGAGGUAUCGUGUGAGGAGUGGAAAUACAAUACAUGUGACGACGUAUUUCUGGGUGGCAUUAGAGAUUCUGGCGUCUUUCUUAUAGGGGAUGUUUGGGCGGAGUGUAUAUUUGACUUCUACAAUAAAACAGUUAUUAUGAACUUCCACAACAUAGACUGGAAACAAGUAGCUCGACACGAUGACUGGAUACAAAUUAUUCCUGAAGCGGCCGUUAAAGAGGCUUUUAGAAGCGGAUAUACCUGUUAUCAGAAGUUGACCUUGGAUUUGCCAGUUUACCGAAAAGAAAUGGAAAGUGUCCUGAAUCAUUUUAACAAUUCCAAUGCAAUUCAAGAAUUUGUUAUUCCGAUAACCAUAAGAUCUGAAGAUGAGAUUUCCCCUGGAUUGCAUGUUCUUAUAGAAGGUGAUGUUGGUCAUACAAAUAUAAUCUUUGGCAAGAAUUACAACGAACAUAAACGUUCAAUUUACACAGGCCUAGUCUCUUGCUAUAAAGAAUUCAUUUCUGCGGAAGUGUCAGUCGAAAAUCACUGGAUGUACCUGACUCCAUGUGGAUUAAAUCUUCGGCCGGUCUAUAUAAAGACACCUUGUGUGUUUGAUACAGAUGGAGCAAGACCAGUUGAUGGAUGUAGAUCCCUGGAACACCUUAAGAACUGUGAACAAUACCAGUGUUCUGUUGGAUAUUUCAAAUGUCCCAGAAGCUUUUGUGUUCCCUACAGUCUUGUAUGUGACGGGCGCAUACACUGUCUAGAUGGAACAGAUGAAAUGAACUGCUCUUCGAGCCCAGGCAUUCAAAGUAUUUAUAUAUAUUUCUUCGGUGUCGACAAUGACCUUGCUCACGCCGCACACAACCUAGCUGCCCAACUCUACAAAGAGGACUUGCGUAUACAAAUAAUCAACAUUGUAAAAAGCAUAAUCAUAAACACUAAGGACGGAUUGUCAACUGGAUACAUAUUUAGAACAUAUCACUUGACUUCGAUUAUGUCAUAUAUCAACAGAAACCAAAAAGAGCUUAACAUUUCACUAGAUAAUUUUGAGACUGAUAUGAAUAAAGUAGUUCAAAAGUUUAACGCAAAUGAAACACUGACACUGUUCCUACAAAAUAAGAAACUUAAAAAGGACGAAGAAUACAUAAUAGAUAAAAUCGAUAAAACCUUAUCAUCACAAUUCAAAUACAGAGUAGAAAAAAAGGAGAACUUGCACAAAAAAUUGCAAAUGACAAUGCCAGGAAACAAAUUGCUAAGAUACGUGGCGAUAGAUACAUGGAAAGUAUUGAGGACAGGAGGAUCAUUACUUUUUCCGGACAUUUAUACCGCCGAUUCACCCUGCAGGAAUGCUUUUCGCUGUGGCUUCAGCCAUGUAUGCAUACCUUUGUCACAGGUUUGUGACAAAAAGCCACAGUGUCCACAUGGAGAGGACGAAGAAGUGUGCGAUUUCGUGUGUCCAAAAUAUUGUGCAUGUAAAGGAUAUAGUGCUUCGUGUCCAAAGCAGUCGCACAACGUUUUCAAUUUCUUGUCAAGUUCCAUACGUACCUUGGAUGUAAACCACUGCACUGGAUUGAAUGGGACGCUCGAUAUACAAUCAAAUUUCUUCUUCUUGAUAGAACUGAACAUUUCAUUUUCUAAUAUUACAUUUGUCUCACAUGAAUCAUUUUCGCACACCAAACACCUGUUAACUUUGGAUUUAAGUCACAAUUUACUCACUGUUAUUCGAAACGACGUGUUUGAUGGAUUAAGACACUUGAAGCUGCUGCUUCUUUGUGGAAACGGUCUGAUUUCUGUGAUUGAGCCCUCUGCCUUCAGUGGCUUGGGUGUAAAAGACUUGACUAUUUCUUACACGAAACUCAAAAGUAUUUCUAAAGAAAGUUUCAAAGAAUUAAAUCUUUCAAAAUUAGAUUUAUCCCAUGGUUCAAUCGAGACAGUCGAAGAUUUUGCUUUCCAAGGUUUGAUAGUUAGUGAGCUGGAUAUAGGUUUUAAUCCAAUCAGUUACUUUGGCAAGGCAAUGUUUAAGGGCUUAAUAGGUGUGCAAAAACUAAAGACACCAAUGUACAAAUUUUGUUGCAUACGUCCUAUAUACUUGGAAGAGAAAAACUGCUUUCCUCACAGAGAUGAAUUUUCGUCGUGCGGAGAUUUGAUGAGACGAACAAGUCUUCAAGUUUUACUUUGGAUCAUCGGUAUACUGGCAAUAGCUGGAAAUAUCGUUUCAAUAGUGUUUCGAGUCUUUUUCGAUAAGAAACGUCUGAAAAUGGUGUACGGAAUUUUCGUUACAAAUCUUGCUCUUGCUGAUUUGUUAAUGGGAUUUUAUAUGCUGAUCAUUGCCAUUGCCGACAGUGUGUACCGUGGUAGAUAUAUUGAAGAAGAUGAGUUUUGGAGAAGGAGCGUUUGGUGCAGACUGGCCGGAGUAUUGUCGACAGUUUCUUCUGAAGCCAGUGUUCUGUUCGCUUGUCUAAUCACUGUAGACAGGCUGAUUGUAAUUAAAUACCCCUUUGGAUCAGUGCGCAUUUCAAUAACUCUUGCUAAAGUGAUGGUCCUUUUUUGCUGGAUUAUCUGUUUUAUCAUAGCUAUUUUACCAAUUGUUCAGUCAAAAUAUUUUGGAGAUCAGUUCUACUCUAAAUCCGCCGUGUGCCUAGCUUUACCCCUUACAAAAAAUCGGUCAGCCGGGUGGCUGUACUCCAUUGUUAUUUUUAUUGGGUUCAAUUUUAUAACAUUUAUUAUGAUAGCACUUGGCCAAAUAAUGAUCUACUAUGAAGUACACAAACAUUCAUCUGCGAUGGCAAAGAACAGUUCUGCCAGGCGAAAUGAUCUGAAAGUUGCCAAGAAUCUUCUACUUCUUGUAACGACAGACUUUGCCUGUUGGUUUCCUAUUGGAUGCAUCGGCAUGCUGUCUUUGAAUGGACAUAUUAUACCAGGCGAGAUAUACGCAUGGACUGCAGUUUUAAUACUACCAAUUAAUUCUGCUAUAAAUCCGUUUUUGUACACAUUAAUGGCUGUUAUAAAUAACAAGAAAUUCAACCCCAGCACGGACGAACAAGCUCGGUUUCAGUAUGCUACAGUUAAGAGAAAGGGGUUACUACAAGCAUACAGAGGGCUUUGGUUUCCUGAUCAAAAUGUCAAAUAUGAUGUCUACAAUUUAAAGAAUGAUGUUGUCUUAACGUUGAAGCCAAGGGACCUAUUAUGGAUCCAUGUUGAAUUUUGGAAGAUUUUGCAUUUACAUCACAGACGGGGGUUGUUUUUCAAAUACCUGAAAGCCGAGCACGUGUUGGUGUUUUUGCCAACAAACAAGAUCCACGGAGGAGUCAGAAUCGAACAGAAACCGAUUGAAUUCACCACAGACACUGCACCAAAAAAGGACAUUUACAUGGCCGGUGAAAUUCUGAGGUCAUUGACGAAAAGUUAAAUUUCGCUCAAGGGAUUCAAAUGAACUAUAGCUUUUCAGUUAUUUUAUAAUAAGAUUUAUAUUUUGUCCAGUGUUAAUGUGGCUUGUUUCUAUAUUUCUGAUAUAAGAUUUUGUGAGAAAAAACGAGUUAAUGAAUUAAUCUAUAUCUUUAUUUUCAUAUUAAACGUUGUGUAUACAGGAGAUAACAUAUUUCAGAGAAAUUGUUAACAGACGCAUCUUUUACUAAAAUAUAUUGUCUUAGACGUAGAAAGUGUAUAUCAAAUGUAUUUAAGGAUGUACGAGCGUAUUUUUCAGGAUAUCCGCCAUUUUGAAUAAUGUUUCUUCGAAUAUUGCUUUCUAACAAAAGUUUUGCCAAAUAUUAUUGCUAAUUAAAAUAUGGCUAUUAAUGAACCAUUUAACCAAAUAGAUUCUACUUUUUGUGAAAAAGAUUCACUCUUAUUUUUGGCUGGCAUUUGCCUAAAAUUGACAUAAAAUUUACAAUGCAAUUUCAAAUAUCUAUUAAAAUAGAUCAGGUUUGGUUUUGAUAUUUUUCUGGCUGAUACACAUUUUGAUAAGCUAUAAUUGAAAUAAAACUUUUCAAGAUAGCACUUUAUAUAAUCUAGAAAAUAUAAAUUAAUACAAAAAGAAAUAAAAAAAAAUAUCAAAAGUGGGAUACCAUAUGUUUUAUAAAGUACCACCAUUUUUUUCAAUUUUACAAAAUUUCAAAACUGCUUAAACAGUGGGUGAAGAAAAUGUCCUAUAAAAUUAAAUUGACUUUGGUGACCUUGUUUUUUCUUAUAUUGUUCGUCUUAGAAACUAAUACUCUUCUAGCUCACAGAGUAUAAAAAAAUGUCUUAACGUUAGAAAAAAAAUCGUUCCUACAUCCUUUACUUGGCUAGAUAUUUAUAGAUUUUUAGAUUAUUAGACUUGUAUCAGAAAUAUGCAUGAGUUAUGUAGCGGAAAUAUUGCGCGACUUUAUGAGUGCAUUAUUAUUCCGCGAAAGAACGAGUGCAUAGUUCUCGAUGCAAAUCUAAUAAUCCGUUUCUUACAUUUAUUUUUAUUACAUUUAUAUUUAAAAUUCAUUCAUUUUAUUACAAUUAUUUUUUAAAUCAUCUUAUUACAUACACAUCUGCAUUUAAAACUAUUAUAUAAAUAAUUCAAAUUUGUUAUUUAGCCAGGGUGGAAUUGAAAAUAUCGCCGAUAAAGAACCUUUCACAGCGAAACUGACGUCACAAGUAACGUCACACACCAGAUAUGAAAUUUGAACGUCAGUAUGGAAAAUUAUUACAUACCUAAAAUUAUUUUCCAUUGGGUUUCAAUAAAUCGCGAUCGUGCAAUAUUUUUUCAUAUCAUGGCGUGGAACGUUUUCAUAUCGGACGUGGAAUGUUUAAUAAACGUUGUAAUGGAAAGAAUCGCGUGACGUCCAUGGCGUCCACGCGCACGUUGCAACAACAAGUGGACGUCAUUUUUGCGGAAAAUAAUAAUGCGCGUUAGUUUGAUUUGUUUAUUGCAUUUUGCGGAGAAAUUAUUUUCGCAUUUUUCCUGUCUUUCGUUACAGAAUGAUAAUUUAGAUAUAACUCAAUAAUUUUAGAGUGGAUAUGUAAUAAAAAGGUUAUCAUCUUUGUAUGUGAAUAUAUGCACUCGUUCUUUCGCGGAUAAUAUUGCGCUCCUAAAGUCGCGCAAUAUUACCGCUGCAGAACUCGUGCAUAUAUCCAUAUAAAAAGUUAAUAACCUAUAAGUAUUGACGUUUCAAGUUCCAUUGAAACUUAAUGGAGUUUUUAAAUGAGCUUGUAAUAUGAUAACGUACGGUGUAUUUAAGAGCGAUUUAACAGUAAAACUGUCAUUUAUUUAAAAAAAUGCAUGUUUAUAAUGGUAGUGCAGAUUUUUACUGUGUCUAUUUAUACAUUUAUUGAUUGUGUACAAUUUAACCUUACCUUACAUUUAACCUUACUGUUUGUGUAUGUAAAAAUGCCUAUUUAGUGAUAACAUAUAUUUUGUGUAAUACUUGUUCUCUCGUUGUUUUGUUAAAUAUGAGUUUUAUUCGUAAAAGCCAUUAUAUUAAAAAGAAAAUAUGAAAUAUGAUAAUGUGCACCUCUUGGAAAAUAAAACUCUGUUUUCGCUAAGGGGCAUUGUAAGAGUCUUGUAUACACUUCUUUCAUGGUUUGCCGGUCGGUAGUAAUAAUGUCAUUCAAUAGGGGUUAAAAUUGCAGUUGUUAGUCUGGUUUAUGUCAUGAAACUUGAUAUAAACUGCGAACAACUACAGUUCGAUUACAAGGUCAUACGUGUUUCACGUUUUCAAACCAAAAUUUCUCUACUAACAAAAUGACCUUUCUAAUUUAUAAUUAUAUUUUGUUUUAGCUUGAACUCACGUUUUUCUUAUACUAGAAACACUAAAAUAUUGAAGCGGAGUUGAGGUUACAAACGCCAUCUUUAAUGUUUACAAACAUGAUGUUUACAAAAACGAACUGUAAUAUCUAUGUCUAAUAACAGUAAUGUACAUUUGAUGAAUACACUUAAAAUUAAAAUCGGUCAGUUUCAACUCGUAAAUAUGUAUUGUAAGUAAUGCUUUCUUUUUAUGUUUUUUUCGUCGGUAUAAAAAUACUUUUCAUUGAAGAUAAGGGUUCUUUAUACAUGUUACAUUAUUAUUGUUACAUACGUAUUUACUAUAUUCUGUGGAACCAAUUCAUAUUUUUCUAGUGUCGUGUUUUAAAUUAUAUUACUUUUGUUUAUUGCAUAUGAUUAUGUUUUACGCAAUUAAUCAGUUUGUUCAAAGAUUUUCCCAUUAUCUUGUGUAAUUGGAUAAUGCACUGUGCUCUUUUUUUUCUGAGUCAAACGCUUAUCGAAUUUGUGCCACCAAGGUCUUUGCGGCUAAGUUUUGGGCAGCAACAGAGGAAUGGGGUUCACUUUAGUUUACAUUUAAGGACUGUAUGUUUUUAAGCAUUGGAUACAAUAAAUUUUCAAGCAACCCCAGCCGUUUGUUUCUACGCUGGGUUCAUGGGAUCUAAUUUCGGGUAUGUGAUUUAAAGUAAACUACAUAAUUUGUUCUCGAAAGUGCACAGCGUAGAUACCAAAUAGCAUGCACGGAGAAAUAACUACAUGUGUCAGUAAUUUCUUUUUGAAUUGAGAGAGACACCUAUAAAAAUAUUUUUCAUUGAAGAUAAGGGUUCUUUACAUAUGUUACAUAUUAUUGUAGCACUAUCUUCAGGCCCCUCAACUAGAGGUGAAUAAUUAAUACCCAAGUAGGCUUCUUAUCUAAUUUAAAGUUGCACUGACUUGUAUGUUUCUAGUAAAUGUUGUUUGUAUAAUGUAUUAUUAAUUCAUGUUGUAUUUAAAAUCAGAAAGA